CCGAUUUACAAGAUGCACUCACUCAGUUCUCCCAACCAGCCCAGCCGGCGGAACAAAAAGGGUCACUGGCCGGCCCGGCUGGUUGAUGUCUUUAUAUUUGCACACCCGUUCCAUCCGUCAGUUGCACCCACCCAUCCCAGCAAUCCACUGCAUCCAAUCCACUCAAUGCAUAAUUGAUUGCCUAGCUGCCUAUGGCCUAGUGGCGCGAUACAUACCGAUAUCAUCAGACAGACUGAUGGCUGCCUACCGCCUGAUGGUGCAAUGCAUCACACCAAUUCUGCUGCUGCUGCUGCUGCUGAGCUAACACCGUACAGCCGCUCACUCACCCAUGUCUCUCUCUACCGUCUGUCUGUCUAGCUAGCUAGCUAGCUAUAUGUGUGUAUGUGUCUGUAUCAGUCGGCGGUGAGUCACUCUCUGGUGACCCUGAUGUCCCCCAGGUAGUCGGCAUGCACGGCGUCCAUCCCACAGGCGGGGCAGCGGAGCGACGAGUACCGACGGACGUCCUCGGGCACUGGUUUGUGCAGCCUCUCCAGCCGGGCCUUCUCCUCUCUCGCCCUGUCGUGGCGGUCCUUCCACUGACGCCAGCACCCCUCACACAAACACUGCUGCUUGCAUGGGAACUGCCACACACACACACACACACAGAGAGAGAGAGACAGAGAGAGAGAGAGAGAGAGACAUAGAGCGGAUGCGUGUGUGUUUGUGUGUGUGUGUCUAUGGCGUUUAUACGAAUGUGAUGACGGGAGGGCGCGUGUCAUCGCGGCAGGCCACACAGCUGCCGAUGGCGGAGCCGGGAUUCUCCCUCUCCUGCAGUUCGAGCCGUGCCUCGAGCCGGCUGGCCUCUCGUGAGAGGUCACGCAGGUCCUGCUGGGCCUGCUUGAUCUCUCGCUUGAAGGCACUGAUGGCCGCAGGGGUGGUCAGGGAGGUAAGCCGGCCCUCGGUCAGCCUGAGACAUGGAAGGUAAGACGAGACGGACGACAUGGAUGGAUAUGUAUACGUGGCCGGCCGGCCGGCUUGUGCGUUGAUUGAUUUUGUGAUGUGAGCACCCUACCCUGUCUCGGCCUGUGUGCGCAGCGAGUGGUGCUCUCUCAGCAGGGGCUGCAGUGCGGCCUCCGCGGCGACGCACUCGACGCUGACACCGUUGAUUUGGCUCCCCAACCUGCAGAACAGACCAGACAACCGAACAACGAGGCGUCGGUCAUGAUGUCUCCUGCCUGCCUGCCCCACGCACGGGCGGCUCACCUGUCGACUUCGCUAUUGAGCCCCCGCAGCAUCUCCCUGAGCUGCCUCUCCGUCAGCGACUUAAGGGCCCUACCCACAUCACCCCUACCGUCCCCUGCCCCAUCUGCCGCAGCCACCACACCACCCCCACCGCCAGGCGUCCCCUCUCCCUGCGGCUGCUGCAGGCCGGCGCUGCUUCCUGCAGAUGCCGUGCUGGCCAAGUCCGCCUGCCAAGUGUCCUCAUUCCGCCGCUGUGGUGAUGAUGGCAAGGGAGAUGGGGAGGAAAUUCGUUUUUCGGUGUCGAUGGCCUGGUCGUAGAGUUUGUCGAGGCGGUCGUGUUCGGCGGCGGCGCGGGCGUCGAAGUCACGGACCUCUGCUGCGGUCGCUAGGGCGAGAAACGCUCCGCGACUCAAGCUGAGAGGAGGGUGAAGGGGAGCAGACACGUUUGUCGGCCCCGGGUGGCUGUGUGUUUGUAGCUCACUUGUGGGUGGUUUGCCUGAGUUUGUCGAUGGCGACCGAGAGCUCCCUCGCCCGGUCGAUGGCGCGGUCACGGGACUGACACAAACCGCCGUAGCGGGCCGACAAACUGCAUAAAGGCAUGUUGGGCAAUGACAGCACACAAACCUGGACGAAUGCAUGGAUAUCUUGGUGUGGUGUCUGAUGGGAUGAGCUUACCUCUGCUUCUUUGCGAUGGCCUCCCCGACGGCCGCCCUGAGCUGGUCCAGCAGAAUGGUCUUCCCACAACUCCUGCACACGAUAAGCGACCGAUAGACAGAAAUACAGACCACUCCCUAACUACCUUGCCUCGGUCCUCUUUCUCUCACCUCUGCGCAGAUGUCACCGAUGGCAGGUCAGGUGUCGUCACGGUCGAAGCAGCACGAUCCGAUGCAGUCGUGGACGACACAGGCGGGCAAUCGGCAAUGCUGGAUGACGACGUUGACGCGGGGGUGGGGGUGGGUGGGGCUGGCUGUGGUGCUUCUGGUGCUUGUGGUGGCUGGAAUGUGACGGCAGGUGUCUGUGGCAGGGGCAGCUUCCUCACUUUGAGCCUGCCACGAGACACCGGCGUCCACACACCCGCUGUCUCAUCAUCCUGCUCGGCGGCCGGCCGGGGGCUGUACACCGGAAUGGCCACUCUCGCCCCCACUGACGGAUUCUCGGCGUUGUCUUCGCUCUCCUCACCCUCCUCUCGCUGCUGGUCGUCAUGGCCAUGUCCACCUGACGGCUCCUGCUGGUGCACCGCCGUGGCCAUCUGACACUUGCCGGCCCUCUCCGCCCUGCUGUUUGCCUUGGCCUUGGUCCGGUUCUUCUGCCUCUCAACCUCUGCCAGCAGCUGAGCCGCAGCUCUCUCGGACCGCCGCUUCUGCGCCUCGAUGAUGCGAUCGGUGACCAUCGUGCGGACCCGCCAUAUGGCAGGAAAGCAAAACACGUGGAGGGCCACCAGGCCCAGAAAGACCAGAAAUGCGACCCCCGUCAUCUGAAAGUGGCAUGCAAAGCACGGGGUAGGAUGCACACGUGUACACGUGUGCCGGGCCUGUGUGUCCCCGCCCCAGCUACCCGUGGGAGCCUCAUCUCGUCUCUCGGGUGACGCAGACUUGACGGGAGGCGGAAGCGACCCUCGUCGUCGAACAUCGAGCCGCCGGUGGCUCCAGCGGGGCUGCAGAUAGGUCACACACAGCACAUUGGGACAUCUGUGUGUCCAGUGUUGCCGGCGUACCAUGUCUCGACAGGCUCUACGCGCUGUCUUGGCGGAUCGGAGAGAGUCAGCGGACGUGGGCUGGGUCUUGGGUUGUCCCUGGCUGCCGACCUCAGAACAGCUCUGGCCUGCACACACACACACACACACACACACAAACACACAAAACAAGUGACGAUAUGGGUGGAUUCUCGCCCGUUGGUUACCUCGUCGGCCACCCAUUUGUCGGCAUCAUAUUGUAUCCUCUCGAUAGGCAACUUACAGACAUCUAGCAUGACGACCGUCUUGACCCUGAAGUUGCGCGUGUCCCACUUGGACGGCCACCAGUGGGGAGGAGGGGGAGGGCUGCACACACACAUUACACAUCACACAGUAACAGUGUGUCUCUCUCUCCCCCUCCGUAUGUGUAUGUGUGUGUCUGUGUGUACUUAAGGAGGUCAUUGAGAGUUCUGAGCAUUUCAUGCAGCCGCGGUCUGAUGGCCAGCAGCUCGGGCAACGGAAUGACUCUCCCGUUGGGAAAGGCGGACAGGUAGUGGAGCACCAUACACAUGUGCUCCACGCCACUAUGCUCAACCGUGUGGGUGGCCUGCACACAGACCCAUACACACCCACACACACACAGUGCAGUGCCCCCAUAAAAGCGUGUUUAGUGCACUCGUUGAGAGGGUACGUACAAGAAUACCCUACCGGGAUCUCAUCUGCCCGGUGCAUCAUAAUGUGCAGCACCCAGCCAGUGAUGGCGUGGAAGCGCAUCGUGUCGCGCCAAAAAAUGGUGGGGCCGUUCUUGGGACUCUUCGUGCUCAUCAGCUCCGUGGCCGUCUUGACCAUCUCCCGAUCAACAAUCUGCAUGGUGGCUGCCCUCGAUGCUGGAAAGAAACACACAGCCUCCGAGAUGAGAUGCGCUUUGAUGGAUUUGCCGGCCCUUUCUGUGUAUGUGGCUGUGUGUGUGCGAGGUAGGUACUGUACCCAUAGCACACCAGCCGAUGAGCAACAUGGCGCGGCUGUGGUAUGUGACGUCUUCAGACAACAGGAGCCGAUGCAGCACCGGGACCACUUCCGCGGCCACCAUCUGCCGAGCCACUUCCGCGGCCUGCUCCGUCACAGUCAACACAGGACCGUUGGUUGACCCUGAUUGACACAUGGACACAGACACACAGAUUUCCAUGAAUGUCAAUAUACGCAACCUUCCCUCUCUCCCUCUCUUCCUCUCUCCCUCUCUCUCUCUCUGCGCUGUGCGCGUGUGCGCCCACCGGCAAAGAGCCCCAUGGCUGUCAUGACGGCCGCCUCAGCCACCUCCCGGCUCUUAUGUUCCAUCAGCUCCACUACUUGCCCCACGGGGGAAGCGCGGCCAAGCUUGAGCAGGCUGUCCAGGUGCCCAGGCGCAUUUUGCCAGGCCGUGAGCCGCUGGAGUGUGAAGAGGAGCAUUGUGAUGGUGCCGGACUGCCAGGCCGCCCCUGGCGGCGCGUCCAAGUGGCGUUCGACGUCACGCCAGGGGGACCCCGCAUUUCGCCGGAACCAGCUCAGCAGAAACCCACAAUGUGAAAUGACCUCUCUGAAAAGAUCAGUGAGCCAACGGAAACAGAGAUACGUCCAUCCAUCCAUCCAUCCACGUACUUGAUGAGAUGUGGAACGGCCGCGAGAUCCAUCCCGGAUAUGAGGUCGUGCAGCGCCUCGGUCGCCUCAUACUGCACCUCGGGAUCGUCGAAGUCGGUGCACCGCCGCAGCAGGGCCAUGGCGACAGCAUGAUGCGUCCCAGGGAAGGCGCCGUGGACCGUUGGCAGGUGGGCAGCUCGUCCAUCAGGAUGCGACAUGUUUGCGUGGAGCCACUUGAUGCCAUCGAGCUGCCGCUGCCGGUCCUCGCUGUCCCGGAGGAACGUCAGGACGUGGGAAACGAUGUGGCCGCCCGCUCUCUCCUCAACGUCCAUCUGGGCAGAUCGUUGCGACGAAAGGGCUAUAUGAAGCAUUGACAAGCUCAUCAUCAGACGAAGUAUGAACCGCAUGGCGAGGAAAAAAUCCC